AAAACGAGCAUUCUUCAUCCACUCUGCCUUCCUUUUCCGUGUUCGUAACUUCGUAUACUCCGUUCUUCUCCUUAUUCCCUCUAUCAUCGUCGCUAAAUUUAGCUAAAUUCCGCCAAAUCCCAUCGAAACCCUAGUUUUUGUUUGAGGUUCCGAUUCCCGGAAAUGAAUCUAACCGACUCGGAUAGAUAACAAAAACUAUUUCACUCGAUCUGUCUAGAUAAAGAAAGAGAAAGAAAGAGAAAAGAAAAAAAAAAAUUUGAUCAAUCGUUGUUGAUCGGAGAUAGAGAGAGAUGACCAUCCUGUAUGCUCUGGUGGCGAGGGGAUCCGCGGUCUUGGCUGAAUUCAGUUCAACUUCGACGAAUGCGAAUGCUAUCGCUCGGCAGAUACUAGAGAAGAUCCCAGGCACCAAUGACAGCCAUGUAUCGUACUCACAGGAUCGAUACAUCUUCCAUGUUAAGAGAACCGACGGCCUCACUGUGCUAUGCAUGGCCGAUGACACUGCGGGAAGGAGGAUUCCUUUUGCUUUUCUAGAAGAUAUUCAUCAAAAAUUUGUAAAGACUUAUGGCAGAGCUGUUCAUACAGCUGCUGCUUAUGCCAUGAAUGAUGAAUUUUCAAGGGUUUUGAGUCAACAAAUGGAUUAUUAUUCAAAUGACCCUAAUGCAGAUAGGAUAAACCGGUUGAAAGGUGAAAUGAAUCAGGUGCGUAAUGUCAUGUUAGAGAAUAUUGAUAAAGUUUUAGACAGGGGAGAUCGCUUGGAUUUGCUGGUUGGUAAGACUGAGAAUAUGCAAGGAAAUACUAUUCGCUUCAGAAAGCAAUCUCGCCGUUUUAGGAAUACUGUAUGGUGGAGAAAUGUAAAGCUCACAGUUACAUUGAUUUUCAUCCUCUUGGUGGUUAUUUAUAUCGUGAUUGCAUUUAUUUGCCAUGGAGUGACACUGCCUUCCUGCAUUAAAUGAACACAUUACACAGGUGUUGUGUGCUGGUGCUGCUUCAUUGCAUUUUGUUGGUUUGGGGAGUAGGGGAUUAUCCAUUACAAGUUGUCAAAUCUUUUGCUGUCUCAAAUUUUUUGGUAAUUCGACAUAUUUUGGGUGGCUUUUUUUUGUUGAGGCUUGACUUGAUUGUAUGCCUGUCGAGAAGUCCAUGGCUUGGAUAGCUUUGUAGGUAUCAGUGAAUAUUCUCUUUGUUUUUCAAGCAGGGCUAUGAACGAUAAAGCGGCUUAUUCAAUUGGUAUAAUUUUGGUUUUGUUUUUUUUUCAAGCAGAGCUAUGAACAAGGAUAAAGCGGCUUAUUCAAUUGGUAUAAUUUUGGGUUUUGUCUAUUGAAACCUCAGGUCGAUAAAGCUAAGAGCGAAGCAAUUGAUGCGAAUUUCCUGUUAUUUUUCAUUUAAACCGAUUGAAUGUAUUUAUUCCAUGUGGUGAAAUAUAUUCAUAUUUUUGACA